UACUUCCGGUUCCGUACUGCGCCAUUUUGCUGAAACGACGAGGAGAGAAGCAGGCUGGAUCAUCGACAUGGAUUUUGAGGAUUUAAACUGAAGAUUUCGACUGGAUACCCGAUUUUCACUUUUUCGUCGUGGAAAGUUACCGUGGACCGAGGAGGAACCUUUGCGUUCUGACUGCGUAACUGGUGGAUUUGGUCAGAAUAGUCGAUAGCUCAAUGGGGCAUCACUGUUAGCAUAGCAUCCUUAGCUUUUGUUAGGCCAGUGUAAUUUUCAUGUGUUGAGUAGCGAGGCAACGUUAGCUAAUUUCGAGGUGUAGCAUGUUAGCCUUGGCAUUAGCUGAUUUAAAAUUUACACAAUACCUUGGGAUUUAAGAGUAGUCAUUUUGAGGCUAGUAAACCCUGUGGACUCCACACACUUUUGUGGACUUUUUGUGGAGCUCCUCUGUGUUUGUCUACAUUCAGUAAAAGAGAACUGCUAAAACGGCAAAACAAUACCGUGAGGACUGAUGUUCGGGAAACCCCAGGCCCGCUGCUAGCUACAUUAGCGGCUCGCAGCGCGGCGGUCCGGGCGUUCCAUCAAGGACAUUUCACGACGGACUUGGCCUUGUUUGCUUCCAUGAGAUAGAUUAACACUGUGCUACAUGGACUCUCUUGGAUUUGGUGGCACCUUGUUGUGUUUUAUCGGACUGUAAAGGACUGGCGGGCCACACGGCGCCACUCAAUGGCGCUCUGGCCUCAAACCUCAAAUAUUUUUCUUUGCCAAUCAUAAGGACUCUGUCGUCAUCCGGAGCUGAACCUCUCAACAUUUUAGUCUUUUCUUUGUCCAUAGUGUUUCAGCGAACAUAAAGAGGGUUUACCUAUUAAAGUCAGCAGAUUUAGCCUCCUGUGUUCAGUAUUGACGCUGUUUCAUUUUGUUAUACCAGGCCUAUGUUUUUUCUCCCCCUUGUGCUUGAUUAACUUGACCUAGACCUGUAAAAAUGUCGUGUGUUCACUAUAAGUUUUCUUCCAAACUGGACUACAACACAGUCACUUUCGAUGGGCUGCAUAUCACCCUCAACGAGCUUAAGAGGCAGAUUAUGGCCCGGGAGCGCCUCAAGGCCACAGACUGCGACCUGCAGAUCACCAAUGCGCAGACUCGAGAAGAGUACACAGAUGACGAAGCCCACAUCCCGAAACACUCUUCUGUGAUCGUCCGCCGUACUCCGAUUGGUGGAGUAAAGCCUGCUGGCAGGACGUUCAUUGUAGAUCGUUCUGACACAGCUGUGGUUGGAUCUUCUAGACCCACGGAUUCUUCUCCUUCUUUGUCACUCGCCCAACUCGCCAAGACUCCUAACUUGGUUGACGCAAAUGCAUCAGAAGAGGACAAGAUUAAAGCCAUGAUGUCACAGUCGAACCAUGAUUAUGAUCCGAUACAUUAUUCCAAGAAGGCAAUUGGACCGCCGCCUGCUCACUAUACCUGCUAUCGUUGUGGAAAGGCCGGUCACUACAUUCGGCAAUGCCCCUUGCUGAUGGUGCAGGAUAAGGGUGUGGAGGGUCCCAAGCCUGUAAGAAUUAGUAAGGGCAUACCACAGAGCUUCAUGGUGAAAGCAGAGCCAGGCACCAAGGGAGCCAUGUUAACCAGCACCGGAGAAUAUGCAAUACCUGCUAUAGAUGCGGAGGCAUAUGCCCAAGGAAAGAAGGAGCGCCCUCCAUUUGUUCCACAUGACCAGUCAUCGUCUGAGGAUGAUACGGACCCGAUCCCUGAUGAACUCUUGUGUCCAAUCUGCAAUGACCUGAUGACAGACGCUGUAGUAAUACCCUGCUGUGGGAACAGUUACUGCGAUGACUGUAUCAGGACUGCUUUGUUGGACUCAGAGGAGCAUAUCUGCUACACAUGCAAACAGUCUGAUGUUUCACCAGAUAAUCUGAUUGCAAACAAGUUUCUUCGACAGGCUGUGAACAACUUUAAGAACGAGACCGGAUACACCAAACGUGUGCGCAAGCAAGUCCAACAUGCCGCCCCACCUCCACCGCGCCCACAGUUGGUCCGACCUCUGCAUUCGAGACAGCAGGACCCGCUGUUGGCCAAUGCCACUCAGCCUCCAACAACUGUAGCCGCCGCCACCACCACCACCCCUACCACCACCGCUACCCCUCCUCAAGCACAGGCUCCACCUCCUGCAUCAACUUCUGCAGCUGCCGCUUGUCCUACUCCUCCUCAUGCUGCUGAUGCUGUUGAAGGACAAGAUGCUUCACCUCCACCUGCACCUGCUGUCGACCACCAUUCUCCGAUGCACUCUAGCAGCCAGGAUGAACCUCCCCCACCAGGGGAGACAGAUGCAGAACGUACUGUGACACCAGACUCAUUGGGAACCUCAGAGAGUGGAUCACAGAGUUACAGUUUACCAGUCAUUGGCCACCCGCCACCUGCAAGGCCGCCUCAUCCAUCAGGUCACCAGUCAAGGCCCAACCACGCUCACAGAGGAGGAGGCAGACACUGGUACAGAAGUAGAGGAGAGCACCCCUCCACUCACCUCCAGACAGCUCCACCGCCUGCACCUGCUCCUCCAGUGUACCCAUCUCCAUCCCUGUACCCACCCCCACCACAGCCCUAUCCACCUCCAUACACCUCAGGCUCCGGCCUCCUCCCUCCACCUCCCAUCAGUUACCAGCCUCAGCCUGUUUGCCCGGGACCACCGGGGCUGAAUCCUCCUUGGGUUGCUCCUGGCACCCAGCCUCCUCUUGUCCCACUUCCACCCCCCCUCUUGCAGCCCCCUCUCUCAAAGGAAGACUUCUACAGACAGAGGCACCACCGACAGGACAAAGUUACAUCUAAACUGGAUGAAUUUACUAAAGACUUCCACAAAGAGCUUAUGAAGUAUAGAAAUGCACCAAAGAGACGAAGGCCAUCUUACUCCAGGUCUCGAUCAUACAGUCGUUCUCCUUUCAGCCGCUCUCCUUACUCUCGUUCUAGAUCAAGGUCAAGAUCUAGAUCACGAUCAAGAUCCAGGUCUUACUCUUAUUCUCCCAGUCGAUCCCGGUCUCGUUCACGCUCCCAUGGCCGUUCCUAUCCCCGUUCCCCUUAUUCUAGACGUAAUGGACGCAGCUACGGACGCUCACGGACAAGGUCCCGCUCUCGAUCAAGGUCUUACGGGUACCGGCGCUCUGGCUCACCACGCUCUUCUCCCUCAUACAGGGGAGGAGCCUGGGAGGGAGCAGAAGGAGCAGGACCCUACAGGUCGAGGACUCGGUCUCGCUCCCCUGGUGGCUACCGGAGCCGCAGUCCCGGUGGACGAAAGCCACCACCUCGGGAGUUAGCGCCGUAUGAACUGAAGGGUCCAAGUCCUGGAGGCCAUGAGCGCUGGGAAAGAGAGAGGUAUCGACAGUGGGAGAAGGAGUAUGCAGACUGGUACAACAAGUAUUACAAAGACUAUGACAACCAACAUCCCUCGCUGCAUCACAGAGGUCAUGGCAGCAGAGACAGGGAGAGGGACAGACUGUCCCCAUUAUCCAGAGAUUACUCACCCCAGGGGAGAGGGAGAAGAGGGAGAGAUGAGAGAGGAGUUCCCCCUCAACAUCCCCCAUCGUCUUCCUCAUCAGGGACCAAAUCCAGCACCAAAGUCUUGAAAACAAAGAAGGUGAAAAAGAAGAAGACUGGAGAAGAACCAGAGCCAUCACAGCAGUCAGUGGACAGAGGUGACGCUACUCCUGUCAGAGAUGAACCGAUGGAUGAAAUGCCUUCCCACACUAAAACGCCUCCCAUCUCCUCAAGGCCUCCAGUUGGCACUACGACCUCUAAAGCUCCACCCUCUAAAAGUGCUGCUGCACCCGUUAAACCCUCAACCAAAUCAACAUCGAAGGCUCUGUCUGAUAAAACAAAGAAAGAGAAGGCUCCGAAGGUAAAAGCUAAAGUAAAGACGGAGAGUAUGAAGAGUGUAAAGAGCGACAAAGUGAAGAAAAAGACUGGAGAAGCAGUAGUGACCAAAAAGAAAGACUCAACCUCAACCUCCUCCUCCUCCUCUGUUGCUAAACCGUUAAAGACCGUUAAACCCAAACCAGAGGAAGCCUCCAACUCAACUACCCCAAAAAAGGAAAAGGGUAAAAGCUCUACUGUGAGGCCUGCUCCAAUAAAGACCCCCCCACUGUCCUCCCACAAUGCACCAGCACCUCAUCCCUUUCUCCAUGACGGCCUUCGAUCCAGCCAUGACAUACGGGGAAGAAGAGAUCUUCCACAGGGCGGUGGUCUCCUUGCCAUCCCCCAUCCACACGGCCCCCCACUCCUCCACCGACCUUCAUCUCCAGUGGACAGUCGGAGGAGGAUGGGGGAGGAGGGCCGCUCUAUACUUGGACCUCCUCCUGGAAAGCUGAGGAGAAUCGACGGGCUGGGAGGUGAUGCCAUCUCCCAUUCACACCUGCCUCAUCAGCCCCCACUCCACAGACUCCCAGCUCCUUCCGAUAGACCUGGUCUUCUUCCAGGGAGCCGGGACCUAGUUCGGGGAGACGGAGAUCGAGGUUCUAUUAGACCUCUGAUGGACAUUCAGUUGAAGCCACCAAGGAGGAUCAAGUUGAACAGAGACCUGGCGAGGAAGGACAGCACUGAGACGUCAGCCUUAGACAGAACGCCAUCAGCUCCUGAGAAGACGACCUCCACCUCUGAACGAUCAACUGCUGCCACAGCUCUGAGGGAGACCGACCCAGAUAGUAACAAUAGAGGAGCUGGAAGAAGGAGCAUCAGCGUCUGCAGAAGAGGCAUAUCCAGAGAGAGACCAGCAGUGCCACGGAGAGAACAACACUGCUCCGACAGAGAGCAGGACAGAAGCUCCGGAGCAGACCGAGAGCGAGAUAGACCUUCUGGUUCAGAACGAGACCGAGACAGGGAGAGAAGUCAGGGCUCUGAGCGAAGAGAGGGAAAGAGUUCAGGGUCUGGGCUUGCAGAAGAAAGCAAUUUUGACAGAGAGAGACACCGAGGAGAGAGGUCAGGAAAAACAGAACGAAGGAGCUCCAGUGGUGGAAGUGGAGGAGCGAGGUCAGUCUGUCUGGACAAAAUGACCAUCGCAGAGAAGUCCGCCAUCAGCAGGAGAGUGGUAGACCAUCACGAGAAGCAGAGUUGCCUCACCAAGGAGAGAGGGAGGGGGUCAGAAAGAGCUGCUAAAUCUGACAGAAGUGUGUCCAAGGACAGAACGGAGAGGAAUGUCCCCUCAGGAGAGAAACCAGCUGCUGCUCACAGAGAAGGGGGCAAAGACGGUCAGGAGACGGCUGUGAGGACCAGACCUCGACUCAGUCGGAAGACUCUCACAAGUCACACAACGAGCUCCACCAGGACAAAUCAAGAUACAAAGCAGGAGCCAGAAAAAGACCAGAAGAGUGUAUCCUCUAAACCUGCAGAGCAGCCUCCGUCUAGCCCUGUGAACAGCCGUGGUCGCAGCCCAAGUGUCAGUCCGGCACACAGCCCGGCCGUGGAGGAGCCGCUCAUCCAGCCUCCUCCCCGCUCCAAAUGGGAGAGAGAAGAUGACGAAGAAGGUCAAGAAAACGGAGUUAGUGCACCCAAGGAGCCCUCGCCUGUGCUGCAGAGAAGCCGAGGCAGAGAGGGGCAAACCGAAGCCCCUAAACCCACUAGGAGCGAAGGCCGGGAUGCUACAAGGGAGGAGAGGAGAGGAGUGGUGAGGGAGGAGAAGAAAGGGAGAAUAAUGAAGGAGGAGAGUAAUAAGGGUGGCAGGAUGUCACAGACAAAUUCGGACAAACCGACAAAGACAAAAAUCGUAAGGGAGGAGAGUAGAGGGUUGAGAGAAGAAGGAAGAGCUGCUGCGAGAGAAGAGGAAAGAAGAGGUGGAGGAAGAGAGGAAGAGCGAGGAGGGACAGGGAAGGAGGAGAGGGCGGCAGAGGGCAGAAGUGGAGGAGGACGAGAGGAGAUGCGUGGUCCAGAGCCAAGGAGACAGCGUUUGUGUUCGGAUUUGGGUCGCGAGACGGACGAGGCGGCGUUUGUGCCCGACUACAGCGAAGGCGAAGGCUCAGAGCCCGAGAGAGCGCGGAGCGGCAGCCCCAGUCCGUCCCUCAGCCAGCCCUCCAACAGCCCCACCCCGAGCAACAACAACGGCUCCACCACCAACACGUCAGACAAGAAGAAGAAGAAACACAAGAAGCACAAAAAACACAAAAAGCACAAGAAACACAGCAGCCAGGACAAAGACGGAGAACAGAAGGAGCACAAGCACAAACACAAGAAGAAGAAACACAAAAAGAACAAAGACAAAGAUGCGGAGGAAGAGGAUAAGAGCGAGAAAGCAGAGGAAGAGGCUCCAUGCUAACAGAGGUUUCGCUAAGCUUGAUGAGCAAAAGAUGAAACAUUCUUUGGUAAUGAGGAGAUGUGGACGUAUCUAGAAAUAACGGCUGCCGCUCUGCUCCACGUACCACUCUAAGGGAAUGGUUGAAAUAUGUCUUUGACCGUCUGUGACACUGAUGGAGAGCUGUCUGGCAGUUCCUCUAAUCGUUCCUGUCAGUGCAGCUCUCCAAACCCACAUGGUACUUUGUUGUGCCUGAAUUGUGGCAUUAUGGCUGCUGCUGAGGUCUCUUUAAUGUUUCAUGUCAACCUCUUUGCUGGCUCUGGGUCAGGAAAAACUGGGGAGCGACGCUGUUCUGCACUGUUGUCAUCGACCGAGAGCUGACCGGAAAGGACACGACGAUAAUAACUGAUCACACAGCAGUGAAUAUAAAUGAUAGGAAUAACAAAUGCUGUACUCAGGGAUGUGAUUGCUUCUUUGUAGAGGAGGAAUUGCUGUUUCGCUGCCUCCCAUUCAUUUGUAAAUAGAGAUGAACUCUUGCUUCACAUAAUAAUAAGUUCUCAGUUUUUUUGUGCUCACAUCCCUGUGUGCUGUUCAAGGCUUAAAUAUUGAAUAACUUUUAUUGCCAUGAGGGCAGUUGUAAGCUCUUUUUGAAGGACUAUACAAGCAGUUUUGCACGUUUUAGCACAUUAACUGCAAGUUGUAUAGUUUCCAUCAUUUCUUAACCCUUUUCAGUGUUUAGAAUUUCAUUGUAAGGCCACUUUUGGUUUAGUUCUUGCCAAUACAGUUUGUUUGAAGUUGACGUAAAAGUAACAGAAUGCUCUUGGAUCGACAACCCGCCUAAACAAGGGUAAAUCUCAUAAAGUAAUAGUUGAUGUUACUACUAAAUGUAAACAUAAAUGAAAUCCAUAAGCUACCUGAAGCUCCUUGGAGAUGGUUAGCAGUAAAAUGUUUUUGAUUAAUGGGCUAAAACUUACAAAAUCACUAAUGUAGUCCUUGAAGUUAGAGCAGAUCUUUCUUCAUUCUUGCUACACUGGACUGUGUAAAUCUAGGACUUGUUUAUUAAUAAUUGACAAAUCAGUCUGCAUGUUUUCGUUCCAAAGGUGCAGUCGCUGUCUAUCACGUUGUCAGUGAGUGAAAGUGCGUGUGCUGGUGCGAAAGUGAAAUGUGACAGAAAUGGAACAAAUUAGAGGACAGAUGUUCUUAUGAAUUAGUUCCUUUUUUUGUUUGUUUUUUUUCAAUUAAAAUGUUUUGACCUGAUGAAAAUGUGUUUGUGUUUUAUUUGUAUUCAACCUCUUGGGUGUUUAAUGACUACAAAAAUUACGGUUCUAGCCACUGUGUUGAGAAUUUUGUACCCAAGUACAACAUUUUAGUGCUUCGUCUGCUUGUAAUUAAAUCUUUUAAUAUUGAAAUCGAGCCCAAGAGUACUAGUGAUUAGAGAUUAGUCACAAAUACGAGGCCAUGGGAAAAUUUAUGUACAGAUUGGAGUACAUAGAUUUCUUUUUAAUUUUACAUAAUGGAAUUAUUACAAAAAAAUGGGAUUCAUGAUAUAAAUGAACAAAAUCUAGUAAAUCACUAUAUGGAUACAGUAGCUUCACUCGGGAGGAAAACAUGCUUUUAAACUGGUGUACUAAAAACUAGUAUGUGAUGUUAAUAUUGUAAAUAAUCCAGUAACUGAUUGAAGAUUCAUGGUCUCUGACUCUCCACCUCCCUACAUGUGUAUUUUGAGUUUAUUUCAUUCACCAAAAAAAAACAAAACAAUAAAAGUUAAAGAUGAACUUGA